AUUUAAGUAUCCGUCUUCCCGCCCGACCCCUUGGCAAACGGGAUAGAUUAGGUCUAGUAAUCAAUCUUGAUUAUAGCUUUGAAGACGACUUCAACCGCCUUCAACGAAACACCCUAGACAGCAGGCUGUUACUACCUUUCGUUCAUUCCUCCUUAGGCUAUUCAAGUUGACCUUGUUUGACCGUUUACCAUUCAUACCAUUUACGUUACCCCAACUUGGUCUCAUAACCAACCUCUUGAGACUAUAUUCAACAUUCCUUGAACUUACCGAUGACAACUUCUUGAACUGAGGUUUUUCACUUCGAUCCAAUUUCUAAACUUCGAUUAGUUUAGCUGGUAUAAAAACACCUAUAACGACAACAGCAAGAACAAUAAAAACAAUCACGCCAUUCUCAUCAUGGCUGGAGGAGAAGGAAAUGCAGAAGCUGGAGAAGGGCAGGCGGCGGGAUGGACGCCAGCGAUGGAGAAUGAAUCUCUGUCAAACUACUUACUAAUUGUUUGCGCCGCUCUCUCCUUGGGUCUUAUAAUAUGGCGCAUCGCAACAGCACUGCAAAAGUAUAUCCGGACCGUUGCCAGUUUCACGAAUGACACGCAGCGAUACUUUGCACGCCCGUCGACAAAAGUUGCGUGGAUCAAGAAGAAUCUCCUAUACGCCCCGAUGUUCCGAAAGCGACACAACCGUGAGUUUCAGCUGAGCAGCGCCAUCAAUGUUGGUACUCUUCCCACUCGGUUUCAAUUCAUCUUCCUGUUGGGAUACUUCGCGACCAACGUCGCUUUCUGUGUCAUCCACAUUCCCUUCGCCGAAAGCUAUACGGAUGCCUGCAAGCAGCUGAGAAACCGAAGUGGAACCUUGGCUACUGCCAACAUGAUUCCUCUAUUUCUCAUGGCUGGCAGGAACAACCCUCUAAUCCCUCUACUCGGCAUGUCGUUUGACACUUUCAACUUGAUGCAUCGUUGGUUUGGCCGUAUCGUAGCGUUGGAAGCUGUGUGCCACACCUUCGCUUUCUGGGCUGCAUCAGCGGCAGGUGGUAGCUGGGCAAAGGCACUGAAUACCACCGUUACAGUACCGUUCCUAUUAUACGGUUUCCUUGCCGUUAUUGCCUUUGUGGCGAUAUUCAUCCAAGCCUCCAGCAUCGCUAGACACGCGUACUACGAAUGUUUCAAGAUUUUGCACAUCGGUCUCGCCGCGCUUGCGGUUGCCGGUCUUUGGUAUCACCUUAACUUGAAGCAUCUCUCGGCGAUCAAAUGGUUGAUUCCAGUCAUUCCUCUCUGGGCUGGUGACAGGUUCAUCCGUUUUAUGCGUCUCGUCUACCAUAACUUCGGCCGGGGAGGUACAAAGACACUCGUAGAGGCACUUCCUGGCAAUGCCGUUCGUCUAACUGUGACGAUGGCCCGACCUUGGACAUUCAAGCCUGGUCAACACGCAUAUCUGUACAUGCCAAGUAUCAGCUUCUGGCAAUCCCAUCCAUUCUCCUUAGCAUGGAGCGAGGAGGCUGAAGAGUUGAGCUCGGAUAAGUUGGCUAUGAACCGACAAGACGUGCUCGCUAUGCACAAGACCACAAUGUCUUUCAUUAUCCGAGGACGUUCGGGAAUGACAAAUACGUUAUACCAAAGGGCUGCAGCACAGCCUGAGGGCCGCCUUAUGACAACGUGCUUAGUCGAAGGUCCAUAUGGUGGCGAGCACAUGAUGCACUCUUAUGGUACAGUGAUGCUCUUUGCCGGUGGCGUAGGUAUUACUCACGCUGUCCCUCAUGUCCGCGACUUAGUCGCAGGUUUCGCAAAUGGCACGGUAGCGACGCGAAAAGUUGUGUUGGUAUGGAUCAUUCAGAGCCCCGAACAUCUCGAAUGGAUCCGGCCGUGGAUGACGGAGAUUCUAGCUAUGGAUAGACGGCGCGAGGUGCUUCGCAUCAUGCUAUUCGUCAGUAGGCCACGCUCGACGAAGGAAAUUCACAGCCCUUCGUCAACAGUGCAGAUGUUCCCUGGCAGGCCUAAUAUCGAGACUCUGAUCGGAAUGGAGGCAGAGCAACAAGUGGGGACAAUGGGCGUGACGGUCUGCGGUCCUGGUGCCCUCAGUGAUGAAGUCAGACAAGCGAUUCGACGCAAGCAAUAUAACUCGUCGAUCGACUUCAUCGAGGAAGCCUUCUCGUGGUAGACUCCGUUGGAGUCUUAUCACUACCAUUCGGGUUGGGU